AUGAAUAAUGAAGAUUUGGAGCGAAUAACAUUCUCAAAGUAAUUUCGAUCUAAUUACAUAGUCAAACAUCAAUUUAGGGAACUGCUCAUUUCAGGAACAGGCUUGGAAUUGAUAAAUUUGAAAAUAUUAAAUUGAAUAAGCAAUUAAAAAGUCAAAGCUUUAACACUUAUGGAAGUGGUACACCGAAAGCAAGGAAGGCAAAAAAAACUAAAACAAAUAUUAUUUUAAGGAAUGAAGAAAAUGUAUUUGGAAGCAGAUUUGAUAAUGAUAAUUUAUCAAGAAAGGAUAUCUCUUCUGUUAAGAUGACAUUUGGUGCCAAAUCUGAUAAAGUUAAGUAGGACAGCACUAAAUAGGUAUUUGAUUGGUAUGAGUUUAGAUAAUUUAACAAAUAAAUGAAAAAGUAUAGAAGCAAAAAUACAAGUUUGCGUAAGAGAAAAUGAAAUGUAGAACUGAGAAGACCAUUAACAAUAGUGAUAAUUAAUUCUAUAAGAUGAACAAAAAGUAUGAAAAAAUUAAGCAAAAAAUGGAAUAAAUUUAUUUAGUCGAUUUAUAUAAAAUAUAUGGAUAUCAAAGGUUGAAAUAUGAAUUGAAUGUAAUUUAUUAUUUAAAUAGAUUUAUCAAGAUAAUUAUAGUUUUUUGGAACUAAGAAAAAUCAUAGUCAAAUUUAUCUAUGGAAUCCUCAUUAUUUUAAAUCACUUGCAAAGAACCAUAUUUUACAAAAUAUUUAUGUCAAUCAUAAUAUUGGUCAAUCUUGUGAUUUUUGUAUCUAAAAUCUUAUCCUUAGAUGAUGAUAAGUUUGUAGUUUACGAAAUAAGUAUAAUUAUAUAAUUAAAAUUAGUGGUAAUUUAUAUCUACAUUGUUGAUUAAUUAUUCCGAAUACUCUCAAAAGGAAUAAUAGGGCACAAACAUGCAUAUUUCAGAGUUGUCAAAAACUGGUUUGACCUAAUUCUAACAGUCUUAUAAAUUAAUACUACAUUAAUUCAUAAUAUAGAAUCCGUAGAUUUUUCGCCAUUGAGAUUAAUUACAUUACUUUUGUAUUUGGGAGAUUUUGUACCAGGUAUUUAUACUUUCAAAAUAGGAUUGAAAAUUAUGUUGAAAUCCCUUGGUAAAUCAUUUAAAUACCUGAUCGAAGCUCUAAUCAUUGUCAUUAUUUUUGGACUAUUUUUUGCAACCCUCGGCUAGAGUCUUUUUCAUGGCCUAAUAAAUUAUAGGUGUCUACCAAGACAAUAUGAUUCUUUAGACGAUUAACCCUGGAUUUCAUGCAGGAUCACUUCCUGCCCUGAUGAUUUAGUUUGUCAAUACGUUUAAUCAGGGCCAAAUAUCCCAACAUCUUUUAAUAAUAUAUUUUCAUCUUAUGCAUAAGUCUUAAGAACAAUUACAAUGGAUGAUUGGACUUGGGUCAUGUAUUUUACCCUCAAAAGCUAUGGUACUUAUAUCUGGGUGUAUUAUCUAUUGAUCAUCUUUUUUGGUGGUUUCUUUGGCUUUAAUUUAGUCAUUGCUGUUUUAAAAAUUCAUUAUAGUUAAUAGACAAAUUAAAAAUUAAAUCAACUUGAAGAAGAUGAUUAACAUCAACAAGAGGAGAAAUUAAAUUUGCAGGUCCUCAAACAAAAUGGAUUGUAUCACCCUAUAUUACAAUAUAAAAUGUAUUUGAAAGGGGACCAUUAAUUAUUAAAUAAAAGUUUCUGCUCUUUGGCCUCUAGUUUAUCAGAAUAACCUCGUAUCCUAUCAGGAAAACACUAUUCAAAAUAUGAAAACAAUUAUCAGUUUUUAAAGCAAUUUUCAUUGAAAACUUUAUUGCUACCUAAAUUCUUAGAUAUUAGAAAAUAUUAGAAUUUGCUUUAGGAUUUGUAUGAUAAUUUGAUGGAGAAGCCUGAUAUCAAUAUGUAGUGUUUGACUCAUAAUGAAUUUACAAGAUAUUGGGCAAAUGCAAAGAAUGUGGAGUACUUUUCAAAUAGCGCUUCUGAUGUUAAGCAUAUCAAAUCAGAAAUCAGUUAGAAGAUGCUGGCUUAACAAAGAGUUUUAUAGUUUAGAUAUCAUACAAAACCAAAAAAUCUAAUGAAAAACUAAAAAGAAUCCAAAGUAUUUCCAACAUUUAAGAGUUCAAGACUGAAAGAUAAAAUAGCAUCCUUUGCUUCGAGCGGGAUUACAUUAAUGGAUAUUCAUCAUCAUCAAUCUAGAGCCACAUCCCAAUUAUAAACUAUGUCCAUCCAUCCUAAUAAUAACUUACUGAUUUCCACUUAAAUUAAGAAGAAUACGAAUACAUUUAUUUUGCAUAAAGAGAAAGAAAUCUAUGUCAAAAUAUAUGGAUUCUAUCAUAAUUAUAAAGCAGUGUCAGAGUUGAUCAACAAGAAAAUACAAAUUAGAAUUGCAGAUGAGAUAAAAGAUUAUGAAGAGAAAUAUUUAUAGAUAAGAAUGUCAGAAAUGCAGACCGGAAUUAUUGAGUCCAAAAACUGUUCCAUCUCUAGUGUUAUUAAUAAUUAUUAACAUAAAAACAUUAUUAAGCAUUCGUUAAAUCAUGUUGACUAUUUGAUUUGGUUGUUGGGAAUCAGAGGAAAAAUUAUAAUUAUUAGGAAGAUUACAUUUAUUAUUAUUACUAAUAAAUUUACCAAUUUCUUUGUAGAUUGUGUAAUUCUAAUAAACUUUUUAUGUUUAAGUUUGAUAGGCAUUAUAUCUAAUCAAUUUCUUUCAGUUAUAGAAGAUUUCACUACAAUAGUAGUUUCACUCGAACUAGUCUUAAAGUUAAUCUCUUUUUAAACAUGUAUUAAUUAUGUUUAUGUUUAUAAUAGCAAGAUUAAUUUAAAAAGACUAACUAAUUUUCGAAUCUAUUAUCAUUUUAAUUAAUUUCAGUGAAAUGUCAUUUAGAUAGGUUUUGAACUAAUAAGACAUCAUUGCUCGAUUACUAAGAGGCACAAAAAUUCUACUAUUUCAUAGAUGUUUAAAAUAUAUUAGAAUGGCUGUGCUAAUAGGUUUGAUAGCAAAAAGAACAUUUAAAUAGUAUAUCUAUUUGACAUUUCUAAUGUUUCUAAUGAUUCUUAUUUAUGGUUUGUUGGGUAUGGCUGUUUAUGCAAGUAACUUUGACGAAACAACCUUGCUUGGACAUUUGCAUUCCUAUAAAGACCCUUUAAAGUCUUGGAUGACAGUGUUUAAUAUUAUGACAAAUGAUGAUUGGUAUGGUGUACUAGCAUUAGGAACAAAAGUUAAUUAAGUAUUUGCAUUUAUCUAUUCAUUUUCAAUGAUUCAUUUUCUAAAUUACAUUACUUAUGGUUUGGUGAUGGCCAUAUUGUUGGAUGGCUUUGGGGAGUAUUUAAUAGAGAUUAAGAAAGAUUAAGAUAUUAAGUUCAAAGAUGGAGUAUCAGAGAAACAUGAUUCAGAUUCUGAUGCUGAAGAGAAUGAUAAGGAAAAGGAGAAAGCUACCAAAUCGCUUAAAUAAUUAGCUUAAAACCAAUAAGUUUAGAAGGAUACUUAAUAUUGGUAUCUUUUAGAAUCGAUAUGUAAUAUAUGAUAUGAACAUUAAUAGAAUAGUUAGUGAAAUAGAUAAAAACAAAGAGAAGAAAGAUUUACUUAGGAAUUAAGUGCAAGGAAUCCUUAUUUUGUUUUGAUAAGUUUAAUAAAUAGAGAAUCCUUUGUGUAAAGACGAUUAGAUCGGAGAUCUUCUAUUGGAGUAGAUUGGGAUUCAAUAUAGGAUUUAUCGUUUUAAUAGCAAUAUAAACAUAUCAAGUGGAGUAUAUGGUAAUCGUAGACUCUUUGAUUUUAAUUACUAAUCUAUUAAUCACUUUGUAGACAAUUAUGUUAAUCAUAGCAUUGGGUUUAUUUCAUGAGAAAGGAACUUAUAUACAAGUAUUGAUUAUUAUAACUUUAGCAUAUUUGGUAAAUCACAGACAUAAUGUAUUUAGUAUGUUAUUAUCUAUAAUUGAUAAAUACUGAAAGUAGAAUAUUACAUUUAUUUUUGUACUUAAGAUAUUUAAGACCAUUUAAAUUAUUGUAUUCGUUUAAACCAAUAGUUAAAUUGUAUAAUUCUUUAGUGGCUGCCUUAUAUAAUAUGAGUAACGUAUUGGUAACACUGCUAAUAAUUUGGACAAUGUUUGCAGUAUAUGGUAUGAUACUAUAUUAAAAUAAAUUUGGAUUCUGUGAUGACUUGAUGUAGUUUGAAAUAAAUAAAUAAUAAUGUGAAGAUGAAGGCAGAAGAUGGAUUACUUAUUAGCAUAAUUUUGAUAAUAUUACUGUUGCCUUGCCUACAUUGUUUGUGAUAUCUACAUUUGAUGGUUGGGGAGAGAUCUUACAAGUGGCUGAAAAUUCAAGACCAUCAUAUUAAGGUCCGUCUCCAUUUGCAAAUCAAUUGCCCACUUACAUCUAUUUAACUCUAUUCUGCUUUAUAGGCUCAAUGUUUUUCUUAAGUUUAUUUACUGGUCUAUUGUUCCUAAAUUUAAAGGCAAGUUAAUAGAAAAUAGAGUAUGAUGAUUUAACAGUCUAUCAAUAAGAAUUCAUACAGAUCUCACAAAAAAUCCUUAGGGAUUCUCCUUCAUUUUCAUAGCCUCCGAGAAAUAUAAUUAGAAGAAUAGCCUAAAAAUUAAAUAGCAAUUCCUACUUCUAAUAUUUAUCAUUUCUUAUACUAAUACCAGAUACAAUAAUCUAAAUGUCAUUUUAUUAGGAUAUGGAUGUAGAAGUUGCAUUAGAAUUGAACAAGUACCAUGAGAUAAUAUCAGUCCUAUUCACUUUUUGGGUUAUAGUGUAACUAUUAGAUUAUGGAUUUAAGAGAUUUAUAGAUGAUUAAUGGAGACAAUUCUAUUCAUUUAUAGUCAUAAUUUCGAUGUUUGAACUGAUUGCUACAUAAAAAUAUGAUCUAUUUAAAAUUCAAUUUACAUCUACGAUGUUCACUGAGAAUUACCAGAUUAUAAGAUUAUUGUUUGCUUUAAGGAAUCUUAGAAUUCUAAUAUUAUUUAAAGGAUUUGAUGAUCUCUAAAGAUUGAUCAGAGUAAUGAUUUUCUCAUUUCCAUUUCUGGGAAAGAUAUUAUUUAUUUUGGUUGUAACGACACUAUCAUAUGCUUUGUUAGGAUGCUAAUUAUUUGGACAUAUAGAUAAAGGAGUCAUCAUAGAUUCUUAGAUUAAUUUUUCAACUUUUACGAGUUCUCUAUUGACCUUAUUAAAGUGUGGAUCUUGUGAUAAUUUUAGAAGCAUAAUGACUGAUACAAUGAUCCAUAAUAUCUACUGUUAUGAUGACCCUCGUUAUUGUGGGUCAUAAUUUGCAUAAAUUUACUUCAUUUCCUUUGUUUUUAUAUCAAACUAUGUGCUAUUAAAUUUAUUUGUCUUGGGAUUGAUUGAACAAUUCGAGAAAUUCUUCUAAUCAGAGAAUUCUAUACUUUAAGUAUAUAUUGAAUCGAUUGAUAAAGUAAAAACUGUUUGGUGUAAGUAUUCAUAUCAAAGACAUGGAAAAGCUAUGCAUUAUUUAUAGAUUUGCAAGUUCCUGUUAGAAAUUGGCUAGCCUUUCACUCAUGUCAAAGAUAACAUUUGGGAUGCAGCAAGAUUGGCUGGAUACUUAAAAAUCAGGACUGAUGAUCAAGGCUAUAUCCAAUUUAAUUCUUUGAUUUAUGAAAUAUUCAGAAGAACUUUUAAAUAAUAGGUGUUUAAAUAGGGCUCUGAAGAUUCGAUUAAGAUCAUUAAAAAGUUCAAUAAGGAGAUGCAAAUGAGACUCUUUUAUUUCAGAAGAGACAAAUUGCAAAAACGAUCUUUCAUUGCCACAUAUGUUGAGUUCAAUAGUAAUUUUAGUAUUGCCAGUGAUUAUCUAUCAAUUUUGGUUAUUUUUAAAGCUUGGCAAAACUAUACUAAAUAAUUAAUUAAAAGAUCUAAACUCGAAUAAGAGGACUUUUCUGAUAAUUCCUCAUUUGGACAAGAAGUAUAGUAAUUUAUUUUAUUUAUCAUAUUAGAGAUAUUGAUAUAUUCUCAAGAGUAGAUGAGGAAGAAGAACAAAGUAAAGAAAAUCUAACUAGAAAGAUUCCCUCGAAUCCAAUUAAGUCAAAUCAAUGUUUAACAUUUGAGAGUGAUAACAAUCUCAAUUUUAAGUAACUGGAUUUACCUGUUUACAAUGAUAACGAACACUAUUUAACUCCAAAAAGAGAUGUUUCCAAAAUGACCUCAAAUCUGCUUCAACAAUUGCAAAAACGAACAAUCAUUAAACCUAAAAAAGAUUCAAAUACUCCCUCUUCUAUAAUCAAAUAACCUACGAAAUUAGCAAGAUAUCCAGCAGAAAUAAUAUUCAAUCCACAAAGUAAUCAAAGCAAUUUCAACUAAAGUGCGAAUAACUCUUUUAGAUCAUUUAUAUCGCAUACAGAAUCAUCAUUAUCUUCAAUUGAUGGAAUACCUGGGAUGAUAAUCUGA